AAAGAAGAAGAAGAAGAAGCAAAAGAAGAAGAAGGGAGGCGAUUUGCUUGGUGCAUUUCAGUGAAAAAAUGAGUGAUUAUUCGUCAGUUGCGCCGCCACAAUCACAACCCAAUUUUAGUCAAUCAUCCGCCUUUGCUGCCGCAUUACAGAGAGCUAAACAGAUUGCUGCUAAGAUCCACCCCAAUAGCCAACAACAACAACAACAGCAGCAGGGUACAAAGAGGUCACUGGACGACGCUACAGAAAAAAUGUAUUUAGAACCAGACAAUAAGAAGUUCAGUGCUGGAGGAGACUUUGGGAAUGCACAGGGUGCAGCAAUGACUCCAGCAGCAAUGCAAGCAGCUGCCCAGGCGGCUGCCGUGGCUGCGCGGCUAUCGGUAAAUCCGAAUGCAACGGUUAAUGAGGAAAUUAAAAUCCCCGAUAAGAUGGUUGGGCUCAUCAUUGGACGCGGCGGUGAACAAAUUUCACGACUUCAAUCGGAAUCGGGAUGUAAAAUACAAAUGGCACCCGAUUCAGGUGGCAGUCCCGAGAGAAUCUGCUCCCUGAGCGGCCCCAGGGAAGCUGUCAAUCGCGCAAGAGAUUUGAUUCAGAAGAUUGUAGCUCAGCACGGCAAUGGGGCCAUUGAAGUGGUCAGCCAUACGACUCUGCCGUCACUUGGUAGUGCAAAUUCAAAUUACGGACCUGGAGGAGAUAGAGGUGGUGGCGGUGGAUCCGGUGGCGGCGGCGGCGGCGGCGGUGGUGGAGGUGGCGGUGGUGGAUACCCAGCGUAUCAGGAGAUGAUGAUUCCAGGCUCCAAAGUUGGGCUGGUCAUUGGCAAGGGGGGUGAGACAAUUAAAAUGCUCCAAGAGAAGACUGGAGCCAAAAUGAUCGUCAUCCAGGAUGGCCCAGGGCAGGAGCUUGAGAAACCACUGAGGAUAUCCGGAGAUCCGCAAAAGGUUGAACACGCAAAGCAGCUGGUGUAUGAGCUUAUUCAGGAGAAGGAAGCAUUCCAGAAUAGAGGAGGAUUCAAUCAUGGUGCCGGAGGUGCCGGUGGCCAUGGUCCUGGUGGACACGGCGGAGGAGCUGGGGGUGGCAUGAUGGGUCCCGGAAGUGAGCAAAUGGAAGUAUUUGUGCCGAAAGUUGCUGUUGGUGUUGUCAUUGGCAAGGGUGGCGAUAUGAUUAAGAAGAUUCAAGGGGAGACUGGGUGCAAAUUGCAAUUCAUCCAGGGCCGUGGAGAUUCCCCCGGUGAUCGUCGAUGCUACAUUCAGGGAUCGAAGCAACAGGUGGACGAUGCCAAGCGAAUGAUCGAUGAUCUCAUUGAGAAUGUCAUGCGACGCGAGAAUGGAGAUCGUGGAAUGAAUCGCAAUGGCGGUGGCGGGGGAGGCGGAGGGAAUUUCGGGGACUUUGGAAAGCCAAUGCGUGAAGAGGUGUCAUUUGUGGUGCCAGCAUCCAAAUGCGGCAUCAUUAUUGGUCGCGGUGGGGACACAAUUAAGCAGAUUAAUCAGCAAACUGGGGCCCACUGCGAAAUGGAUCGGAAAGCGCAGAAUAACAACAAUGAGAAGACUUUCAUAAUCCGCGGGAAUCCCGAUCAAAUUGAACAUGCUCGCAGCAUUAUUUCCGAAAAGAUUGGCUUGGAAAUUAAUCUUAUCGGAGGUAGCGGAGGUGGUGGAGGCGGUGGACAGAAUUAUCAAGUGAUGCAGGGUUCAUCGGGUAGCACGGGGUACCCACAGCAGUGGGGCUACACACCACAGUCGUGGGAUCAGCAGCAACAGCAACAGCAGUCGCAAGUACAAAUAAACCCAAGCACCGGUCAACCUGAUUAUUCACAGCAGUGGAUUGAGUACUAUCGCUCAAUGGGGCUACACCGUGAGGCGGACAUGAUUGAGCAGCAGCAGAAGGCGAAGCAAGUUGUGCAGUCCCCACAGGCUCUUGUUACGGGUGCAAAUGCACCAAAUGGGGCUCCUGUGCAGGCGCAAUCAGCCAUGGCAAGUGUGCCGGCACAGCAAAUGCAGCAAGCAGCUGGCGGACAACCGGACUACAGUGCCCAGUGGGCGGAAUACUACCGGAGUAUUGGGAAAGUAGAGGAAGCCGAAGCGAUUGAAAAUCAAAUUAAAGCUUCAAAGUCAUCAAUGCCGUCGUCAACGUCAUCAUCAACACUGCCGGGAUACAAUAUGCCAAGUGGAGGAUCGAAUCCAGGAUCCCAGAAUAUUGUUCCAGCAGCUGGAGGUUUUGCUCCCACUAGCACACAAUACCCACAAUUUUUUGGUGGAGCUAAUCCUAACCAACCCACAGCUUACCCACAAGGCUACCCAGCUGGCCCCUACGCUGCGUACUCCGGUGCUGCAGCUGCUGCCGCUGCUGCUGCUGCCGCCGCCGCUGCUGCUGCUGCAACCCGCGGGGGCAAUGGGCCACCAACAGCUGGCGUAGCUACAUCAACACCACAGCCACCAGCUACUGAGGGCAAAAAGUAAAUCCUGCUCCUCCACUCUCGCAAGGGAGGGAUUGCUUCUGGCGAAUUAUUUCUUCAAAAUCCAGGUACUGAGUAAAGAUUCCAAGGACAAUCAUCUACCUAGGUAUGUAACAUAAAUAAAUUUCAUUUUAUUUUUUAAUUUGAUGCUUCUUAAAAUAUUCUAAAUCGAUCUAUUUAAAAAAUGUUUAAGGUAAGUGUAGAAUCAGCAUUAUACCCACAAGGAAACUUGUUUGAAAACGACCCAAAACAACGAAAUUGAGAAAACUAAACUAUAAAAGAAUAAUUAAUUACUUAUCAAUUACAAAACAUCUAUUGUACCCUUAUCAUGAAGAUAAAAUUUAUUAUUUAUUAUUAUUUUUAAAUAAAUCCUCCCAUGUUAAAUAAAAUGAUUUAAAAAUAUGAAUAAAUUUACAAAUCACUUUUAAUAAAGUAGUAAAUUUAUUAUUAUAUUUCUAUGUAAUACAUAAACAUAUGUACAUAGCUGCUAUUUUUUAUAUUUUCUUACACAUGUUUUAUUGCCUAUAUUGAUUUUGACAAUAAUAAAUGUUUUUAUUUCACUGAAUACCAUACCUGUAUCCAUCUUCAAAAAUAUAUUAUGCUCUUACUGCUAUAAGAUAUAUAACUACAUGUUGUAUACCUAUAUGCACUAUAUUUCAUUUGAUUUUUUUUUAUAUACAUAUAUAUAAUAUUUUUCCCAAUUUUUUUCUUAUUAUGUUCUGUAGUAAAAUUGUUUUUUAUUACAUUAUUUAUUAAAGGCAGAUUUUAGUUGAUUUCUCUAUCUAAUCAAUUAUAAGGCAUAUAAAAAAUAAAAACUACUGUGAGUAUUUAGUCCUUAAAUUGUAAUUUAAACCCUUUCGCGUCCACGUGAAACAUUGAUGAUACAUUAGCUCUUUUUAUCGCGAUAUUUAUUGUUUAGAUGCUUUCAGAGGACUUUUCUCAAUCAGAACGUCUUCUUUGGCCUCUUUAGCGUGAAUUUGAUGUAUUUGUAACUUGGGAAAACAAUUAAACUCAUAAAUAAUUGGAAAAAUAAAAUGUUACACGUUUGGGUCAACGUAUGACCUAAAAAACGCGAAAGGGUUAAAGGAAAAUUCUAAAAGCAAAUUUGGUGGUAAUUCUCUUGGAAUUUCAUCAACUGCAAAUGAGACUAUAUUUUUUAUUGAAUCGUUCAAAUCUUUAGUUAAUUAUUUAAAAAUAGAUAAAAAUAUACAUCGAUCAAUUUUAAAUAUCCCUAAAAUUUAUUUUAAAUUAUUUCUAGAACCUCUAGAACCAAACCCAUUCUACCCUAAUGAAAAUAAAACCUUUUUAUAUGGGUAUUUUGUAUGCACUGAAAAUAAAUAAAGUAAAAUUGUAGAUCGUGCAAAUAUUGUGGGAAAAUCUGGGUUAAAGGGAACUUUAUAAUUUUAAAAUGUUUUUACGGAUUUAAAAAGAAAAAGAUUAAAACGUCUGAAGUAUUUUUUGAAUUAGUUCGUAACUUAAGAAAAAUAUGCCAUAAUCUUGAAGUUCUUCAUUGAAGUUUCUUUCACAUUAUGUCUUUGCUUGCAUGGCUAUAUACACAGAUACCGGACAUAGCUUGCCGCAGAGCUGUAUCCAAAUAUGAGGAAGUUGUUAUAACACUUAUGCCCAUUUCAUAUGAAGCACAUAACAUAAUUUAGCACUUUUUUAAAAUUUUCAAAAUAUGCCUUUUCAUUAUGUUUUUACACAAUAAAAAAAAGAGAAAUACAAAAAUAUAAAACAAACCUUUUUUUUAUAUUCCAUUCCCAAAUUUAUUAUAUUGUAAUAUUUUAUUAUUUUUCUUAUACAUUUUUAUUAAAUGAUAUUACAUAAAAAUUUAUAAUGAAUUCAAUGAUUAUUAUAAUAUGUGUAAUACUUUUAUUUGAUUUUUUUCUGGCUAUAUAACAUAAUUUCAUGAAGUUACAUUGAAUUAUGUACCUAUAUAAUAUUUAGUAUGAUUGAAUAGAUUUUAAAUAUUUAAUAUAUGAAGACAGCAAAUCAUCCAUUUUAUAACCUUGUGAUGUUUCACAGAGGAGUUUUGAUGAUGCCAUCAUGUUUCCAAAGCGAAUGUGGAAGUAAGUGUUUCCUGAACUCCAGUAACUUAAUUCUGAGAAAUUAUAACUUUGAAUGAUAUCCUAGAAAUGAAAAAAAAAUGAAUUAUUAUUAAAAAAUCUUGAAAAUAUAAAAAGAAAGAAAUUUUCUCUAAGAUGGGUACCUUUGUUCUCAAAUCCGCAAUGUGGAAUCCUCUGCGAUUGAUGGCAAUGAGGAGGAUAUUUGGUAGGUUGGGAUCAGUGGAUUGUUUCACAACGAAGAAUGUCGAGCCAAAUGUGGGGAAUUGCCUCAUGUACUGCAAGACUUCUUCUCUGGCUGCAAAUUCAUCCAAUGCCUUUUGUGAAUUGUACAUACUUUGGAUCAUCUUCUUCCAAUCAUCAGCCUUGUGGAGGGGAAUAUGAUCUUCAGGUAUCAAUUGGGGAAGAACAUCAGCAAAGCCAUGCUGAAAACCAGAGGCGUCUGACCCAUAGUAGGAACGAUAGAUUAAAGCUCCAAUUUUGAUAACUUCAUUCUUGGAAACUCUGUAGUAGCCAUUAAUGAACUUCGGGACUUCUUGUGGGAAGUAGAAAAUGUGAUCAGCAUUGCGAUCUUUUUGAUUCAUAUUAAUCCACAAUUUUUUCAUGAAGAACAAUUGGUAUUGACACAAAAUUUGUCCAUCACCCGAACGUGAAAGUGUUGCCUUUGUCCACUCAACGAGUUCGUAGAUGAAAUCAAAGAGGAAGUACUCUUCGGGCACGGAGAAUGCCUUAUCGAGGAUCUUCACGAAUAAGCUGAAACCAUCGUGAGAUUGCAAUUCCAAGCGUUUAGCAAUUGUUUUGCACAGAUCACUCGCUUUAGUGGAAGAUUCAAUCUCAAAUGCCUCAUCUGUGUCAUCGGGGAAGUAGAUUUUGUGGAAGAUUUGCAUACUUCUGCAUCGAAUUGCUUCCACUUCAAUUAUAUACGGUGGGUACUGUCGGGCACCACUCUUUGUGAUCUUCUUAAUACGCGACGCACAUUCACCAGCAAGGGGAUGUGAUCGUGUUCUCAGGAAUUCCGUGAGUUCCUUAAGGACAAGUGAACUUGGUAGCAUUACACCCGUUGCCAACCACAUGAGAUCCCAUCCUCUUUCCUCGCUAAUCUGUAUGGAAUUUGCCGUGAGUUGUCGCAUAAUUUGACAAAAGACUUCAUCACGCAAAAUUUCAUCUUUUAUAGCGGGAGUGAAGAUGAUAUCAGUGUCAAUGGGGCCACGACCUUUUGGCAAAUCACCCAUGUAGCGUAGAAUUGUUUGGAAGAUGACAACAGCUUGAUUUGAUCGUGCCUGAUCUCUCUGGAGUUUUGCCAAUAGGGGAGCUUUCAUUGGGUCUCUCGUGUGCUUCCAAAGAAUUUCCGAUGUAUUCUGAUGGACUGAAGUUAGCACAUUGGAGCUGCUGGCAGAUCUGCAAAAAUAAUUCGAGAAAAAAAAAUGAAAAUUAAUGUAAAGAUAAGCGAUGAUGAUCACAAUAAUUUUUUUUAAGCUAACAAUAUUAUUUU